AUGGCGAACUCUCAGCUUCGACAGGCGUACCGCGGUUCCACGCGAAAACUUGUGAUUGCUCUUGAUAUCGGUACGACGUGUAGUGGGGUGUCGUACAGUAUCCUGGACCCCGGUCUUGUUCCGCAGAUCUGGACGGUAACCACAUAUCCCGGCCAGAAGAAUUCCGGAGGGGAUUCCAAGGUUCCGUCGGUCCUAUACUAUGAUGCCAAUGGCGUUGUCCAAGCGGUCGGCCAAGAAGCGGAAAAUCUGUUCGAGAUGCUUGAAAGCCGGGAAGCCGAGGAUAACAACUGGAUAAGAGUCGAAUGGUUUAAGCUCCAUUUGCGACCGAAGGAGAUGAAUGCAGCCCACAUCACAGAUUACAGUAUUCCCCCGUUGCCUGCGAACAAGACAGUAAUGGAUGUAUUCGCCGACUUCCUCUCAUACCUGUUCAAGUGUGCGAAGGACUAUAUUAGUACGGCACACGGCGCCGGCGAGACACUCCUCGAGUCAUUAGAAGGUAGCAUUCAUUUUGUGAUGGGCCACCCAAACGGCUGGGGUGGCUUGCAGCAGCAGAAGAUGCGCAAGGCUGCGGUGCAAGCCGGGCUUGUGAAGAACAUGGAUGCGGCUUGCGACAGGAUACAGUUCGUGACUGAGGGAGAAGCCAGUCUUCAUUACUGCCUCGAGAAUGGACUGUCCGCCGAGAAGAUGAAGGCCGGUAAUAAGAUCAUGAUUGUGGAUGCAGGAGGUGGGACCAUUGACCUUAGCUCCUACCUAAUCAAGGAGGUACGGCCGAUGAAAGUAGAGGAAGUCGCUUCGCCCGGCUGUCGUCUGCAAGGCUCGAUAUUCGUCAACCAAAGGGCAUCGACCUUCUUAUACGAUAAGCUCAAGGGCUCCAUCUAUGAUGAUCCGCAGGACAUUCAAACGAUAGUGCAACGUUUCGAGGAAGGCGUGAAACGUAGAUUCAAGUCGUCCAGCGAGCCUGCACAUAUCAAGUUUGGGACGCGGAGCGACAAUGAACCGGAGUUCGGAAUCUCGAGGGGUGUCCUGAAGCUGUCUGGCGAAGACGUGGCCGAUUUUUUCGGCCCCUCUUUGGACGCCAUACUCGAGGCUAUCCGAGAACAGCGGCAAGCCGGGGGUGAUAUCAAAACGGUUUUCUUUGUCGGAGGUUUCGCUGCCAGCGACUAUUUGUUCAAUACACUGCGCACGAAGCUAGCAGGCACUGGCAUCGAGAUCUCUCGCCCUGAUGGCUACACAAACAAAGCCGUCGCUGAUGGUGCCGUCAGUUUCUUCAUGGAUCAGGCCGUCUCAACCCGCGUGGUCCGGAUGACGUAUGGUAUCAAGGGCAUUAGAAACUAUGAUUCUACAGAGGGGGAGCAUGUACGGCGAUUCGGAGAAACUUACUUGUCCCUUUCUGGGGUGCGCAUGGUUCGAUGCGCAUUUCACAACAUAGUCUCGAAAGGAAGCACCGUGGAUGCAGGACAAGAGUAUGAAUCGCAUUUCUUCAGGGAGUUGAGUGAGCGCCCCACGCGAGUUGAGACAGACAUCGUCACCUACAAUGGUAAUGUAACUCAGCCCAAAUGGACGGAUGUCGAUUUCGCAUCCUACCAUACACUCUGCACUGUAUCUGCCGACGUGUCUGAAAUUGCGCAGAAGCUGCCCCCGAAAGGCCCUAAAAAGCGCAGAUAUUAUAGAUUUGACUUCAAGAUUGUACUGCAGUUUGGGCUCACGGAGCUCAAGGCUCAAAUUGCCUGGACGGAGAAUGGCAAAGAAAGGAGGAGUCCUGCGUCCAUCGCGUAUCUAGGAGACGACUAG